AUAACUGUUGCUAAGAAUAUGGAGCCAUCACUAGGGGGAAAGAAACAGAUAGAAAAUGAACUGGAUAUACUUGCACGGCAUCAUGAGAAUAAAAGUGCUAAAUCAGUUCACAAAAGCCAGAAAAGUGUAGGAAUCCCAGAUGUGCCACAACAAAUAAAACUACACUGUGUCAAAACACCAGACAAAGGAAGGGGUAUGGCUUCAAAAUUUGACAUUCCUCAAGCUUCCUUGAUUCAUAUUGAAGAACCUUAUGCUGUGGUCAUUCUGAAGCACUGCAGGGAAACUCAUUGCCAUUAUUGCUUGAAUGAACUACCGGCAGAUACAAUCCCCUGUAUUUCGUGUUCGUUGCCAUUGUACUGUUCCCAGCAUUGCCAAGUGCGAGCAGAACAUAAACAUGAAUGUCAAGGUGUUCACUGGCCUGCAAUAUUGCCUUCGGAUGUAGUUCUGGCUGGUCGAGUAGUAGUGAAAUCUUUAGAGCAGAAAGGACAAUUUACUGAGGUUCCUAAUCUUUUGGAAACUUUGGGGCUUUGUGAGAGUUAUUCAAAAAUGCUGCCAGAAAGCAAAUUGGAACUACAUAUAUAUUCCAUUGUAUUGUUAUUUUGUCUCCAGCACUCUUACUGUUCUGAACUGUCAAUAAAUGGAGACUCCACAUCACUGAUUGUCAUACUUCUAUCUCAAAUUAGAGUGAAUUCUAUGGCAAUUGUCCGUAUGAAAUCCAGUUAUUUUUAUGACCAGCAAGAUUGGCUUCAAAAGUUCUCCUCUGGUGAGGCAGAGGCAGCUAGUAGUGUGGAACAGGUCAGAGUAGGUCAGGCUAUUUAUAAAGCUGCCAGUUUGUUCAACCAUUCCUGCCAGCCAAACAUUCAUGCAUAUUUUAUUUCACGCUCUCUCUUGAUAAGAGCAACAGAGUUUGUGGCUGGAGGGUGUCCCCUGGAAUUGUCUUAUGGUCCACAGGUUGGGCAAUGGGACUGUAAAGACCGCCUUAGAUUUCUUGAAGAAGGGUACUUUUUUCAAUGUUGGUGCCGUGGUUGUUCACAAGUGAAUGCAUCUGAUCUUGUAAUUAGUGGAUUUUGUUGUGUUAAUCCAAAUUGUUCUGGAGUGGUUUUAGAUAAUCUCGUGGCUAACUGUGAAAAGCAGAAACCUAAAAUUCCUGAAACAAUCAGCAUUGAUUCUCAUUUGCAGGUACUCGACCUCAAUGAUAUUCACAUCAAGGAAGUGGCUCACAUUUCACUUGAUGAAACACGUAAUUGCCUCCGUAUUGAUUCUGGGUAUUGCUUGAAAUGUGGUUCCUACUGCAAUUUGGCAUCUAGAAGUGAAGCAGUUAAAAGGGCUUGGGUUCAUCUCAGAAGGUUGCAGGACUCGAUAGCUUCAAAAGAUAUCUGCAGUACUAGGCUUUCAGAUGCUUUGAGAUCUCUUGGUCUUCUAAGAUCAACACUGCAUGCUUAUAACAAAGGCAUUGCAGAAGCAGAGGACAAUCUUGCAAAGGCAUUUUGUUUCACUGGAGAUUUGCAGCCAGCAAGAGAUCAUUGUAAAGCCUCGAUUGAGAUAUUGGAAAAGCUCUAUGGCCCCAAUCACAUUGUGAUUGGACAGGAAUUGGUUAAACUUUCAUCUAUUCAGCUAACGAUGGGUGAUUGUACUGCUGUGGACAACAUAAGUCGACUCAGUGUUAUAUUUUCCAAAUAUUAUGGACCACAUGCAGGCAUUAUAUUUCCUUAUCUACUGUUUCUUGAGAAAGAAAGUUGCCAUAUCAUACACUGAAAAUACCAAAUUUUUUUCUAGUUUGAGAAACUGAUAGUUCAUAGCAUCCCACAAUAUUUUUUCUGGAGUUGUGGGCGCCAUCUUGGCUUGAUGUCAAUUAUGUAUAUGCCUAUAAAUGAGUGGUUUUUCAUUGCAAUGAACAAAGUGCAAGUAUUAAGCUCUUAUUACUCAAUAGGGUUGGUCUUGAUAUAUAUAUUUAUCUCUCUUAAUAAAGUAUCUAAAUUAUUUAUGACUGCUCAAAAUUCAAUGGCAAAUAUAUAUGUGAAUUAUAAGAUAAAAUAAUCUUCCUUAUAUAAUUUAUUUAUCUCUGUACUUUUUUUUUUCAAUCAUGAAUAUAUGACUAAAUAGAUGUUGAUUUUGGAUCAAAUGUUUGAUUUGAUUUUCAAUUAAGGAUCUAACAUUAUAUUUGUGUCAAAUUAGCCCUAAACUUUUGGGAUGUAAGUUGGCUUACAGUGGAUAGCAUGGAUCCAAGCUUUUAUGUAUUGAAAGGAAUGAAUAUUAUGCAGCUGCCUUCACUCCAAAGAUUUAGCUGAAGUUGGCAGAAAUUGAAAUUGAGAGCGCUAUCUCAAAGUUUCAUGCAGCAGCAAGGUGGAGGUGUGAUUUGGAGAAUACAAGGUUCAAUUUAUUAGGCUGCUUAUGUUUGGAAUGAAUUGAGACAUAAACGAUACAGGUGAUAAUGGUUUGGUUAUUUAGAUUAAUGCACAACAUUACAGGUUUUGA